GUGGCAGUGUUUUAUGCGCGUGAAAGAGAGACAGGGAGAGUUGUGUAAUCCGUCAUUUUGCGUCUCCUUUCUCCCCCCUUCUCCCUUCCCUUUGGCCCCCUGGCUGCCAGGCGUCACACUAGUUUAAAAUAAGGACCCCACCAAAAAAAAAAAGAAAAGUUGUCGAAUGAACAGGCUUGAAAGAGAGAGAAAAAAACUUGAAACUUUCCCACUCUCCAAAAAUCACGGGGAGUGACUGUGACAGGAGGAAGGGGACUCGGAGAGGGAGAGCUGAAGAAGCACUGGCAAGAUUUCACCACAUUUCUUUGAGGACCGCACAGACCGGAGCAGACCACAACCCACUAAACCUGGACGGAGAAUCGGUCGUUUCUGGAACAGUGGGGACUGUUGUUGGAGACUCUUGGAGGAGCAUGCGGCUCGGUUCACUAAUCAGGCUCUAUGUCCUGUGGGCUUUUGUGGUGGUCACGACCUCCGUGACUAAGUCAUCCAAGAGGAAGGUGACAGGCAGACGGUCCAGACAGGUGUUCGAGGCGGAGCCUGUGGAGGGGGUGUGGUCUGUGUGGGGGGAGUGGUCUGGCUGCUCGCAGACCUGCGGCGUGGGCGUGUCACAGAGGAGCAGGACGUGCUUACCUCCCCCACCUCCCAUCUCCCACUCCCCACCCAACUGGGCAGGUUAUGUGCCGGGGGGCAUGGGCGGUCCUGUGCGCCCGUACUACCCUCCUCGUUACCCCGGGCAGCAUCAGCCUUAUCACCCCUCCUCCAUCUCCGACGACCACGACCAAGGGGUGUCUCUGUAUCGGAAUACCAACCCUGGAGGAGGAGGAGGAGGAGCUCCGGUACCGGGGCAGGCCAAUCCAAACAUUCCUUUUUUCCAGCCAGAAUUCCCCCCAUCCGAUCAAGACCAUGCGUCCGUGUACCGAUCGCCCUACCACGCUCCUUCCCACGGCUACAACCAGCCAUCGCGCACCAUCAGGAGGCCGACCAAUCCAGGAGCCUCCAGGGCCGCCGCGGGAGGCGGGAGCAGAAGGUCUAUUGCCCCAAACCGGGAGGGUUUGCCUGUGAGGAGGUCUUCCGCCAUCCGUCCGGGUCAGUUUGGGUACGGCAGGGUCCCGUUCUCUCUGCCGCUGCACCGCCCCAACCGGCAGGCUCGCCACACAGUUAACGGCACCGACGCGCCAACGUCAGCAGCGCCCGACGAAGACGAGGCGCGGAACGACGAGGAGGAGGAGGAGACGACGCGGAGUGGCGGCGCCAAGCGGAAGCCGGCGAGGCGGGAUGUGGAGGAGGCGCUUGAGAUCGCCGCUGCCGAGGAGGUCACCGCGGCAACCACCGCAGCUGGAAACCCGCACCGCCACGUUGACCGCCGGCCACAAACCAAUACGCAGCACGGGAGGGCGAGGGAGCGAGCCCCGCCUCCCCACUUCCUCUCGCGCUCUUCAUCGCCACCUCUCCUGCCCAACCGCCACAGGUUUGACUGGCGCUCCGUCACCGCGCCGCCUCCUCCCGUCCCGCCGCUCUCCCGCCCCAACUCGGCGGCCGUGGCGUCUCCCUUUUCCCGCCCCCUCCACCGCCCCAGCCCCGUGCACAGAGAACGGGAGCUCGAAGCGGGCUUUGGCCCCCACCUCCCACCCACCGGCGACAUCUACCCGCUGCAGCACACCCGCAACCCCCACCUGGGAGUGGAGCCGGGCAGUGAUGGAGGAAGAGCUGCUCCUCAGGUCUUCAGAUGCUCCGGGCCGGAGAAGGAGUACCGCAGGUGCUUCUCGCAGGUGUGUGGAGGCGCUGCGUCGGAGCCCAGAGCGGAGCAGUGUGCUGCCUUUGACACCCAGGAGUUCAUGGGUCGCCUCUACAACUGGGAACCUUUCACAGAGGUCGGUGCAGACAAACAGUGCGAGCUGACCUGCAGGCCUUCGGGCUAUCGGUUCUACGUCCGCCAGGCCGAGCGCGUCAGAGACGGGACCCCCUGCUUCAACCUCAGCUCCAACGACGUGUGUGUGGAGGGCCGAUGUCUGACCGAGGGCUGCGACGGGGCACUGGGCUCCGGCGCCGUGAUUGACAAGUGCGGAGUGUGUGGCGGGCGUGAGAGCGCCUGUCGAAAGGUGGCGGGAAGUUUCCAAAAUGUCACGGUUCCCCUUGGUUACCACAAGAUCCUGGACAUUCCACCCGGAGCCACAUUCAUUAACAUCACAGAAAGGCGAGCCAGCCCUAAUUACCUGGCCAUGAGGAGCGGCACGGGGGCUUCGGUGGUGAAUGGGCGGUGGGCCGUGGACCCUCCUGGGGAGUACCAGGCGGGGGGGACCACCUUCACCUACACCCGACCUAGAGCCCGGGCGCAGGGGGAGGAAGAGCAAGGCGAGUCCCUCGGGGCUCCGGGACCAACCACUACACAACUACAACUAUAUAUCAUUUUCCACAAGGAGAAUCCAGGCAUCGACUAUGAGUUUUAUGUCCCCGUGGAGAAGAGGGAGGUGGAGAGGGAGAGGAUGGCAGAGAGAGAGAAGGAGGCACCCAGGGAGCGGCCGAGGGAGCGAGAGCCAGGGAGGGCGCCCCUUCGCAGUCCUCUCAUUGUGUCAAUAGAAGACUCUCCUCCUCCUCCUCCUCCUCCCAUUUCGGUCCCUUCUUUCCCUUCCUCCUCCUCCUCCACCUCAGUGUUUUCUCCCCCCUCCUCAGACCGAUUGACACCUGAGAGGUCACGUCCCCGGGGCUCUGCACCCAAUAGGAAUGCGCGGAUCCCCCCUCGCACUGAUCUGCCACCGGACACCCAGUCACCCUUUGUGUGGAGGAGAGGAGGGCUCACAGAGUGCUCUGCUUCCUGCGGCAAAGGUUCUCACAACAGAGUCAUUGUGUGUGUAAACCGCCAUACAGACGAGGAAGUCCCGGAGAGGAGUUGUGACUCUGCAGCCAAGCCGGUUCCUGAGGAGGAGCCUUGUAACACACACCCCUGCCCACCAUUCUGGGAGGCCAGCUCGUGGUCAGAGUGCAGUGUGUCGUGUGGCCCCGGCGUGCAGCAGAGGCAGCUCCAGUGCAGGCAGAGCUUUGGGAACCGCUCCACCAUGGUCCACCCGCAGCGCUGUGCCGAACUCACCCCACCCGAGUCCACACAGGCGUGUCACCUCGGCCUGUGCUCCCAUUGGGAGGUCAGCUCCGCCUGGAGCACGUGCUCGGUGGACUGCGGCGUGGGGAGGAGGACGAGGAGCGUGCGCUGCCUCAGCGAUCAGGGCAGCGUGGUGAACGAGGGAGAGUGCAACUCCAGGGCUCGCCCGCAAGGAAGUGAGGAAUGCAACAUGGGCCCCUGCGUAACCAACUGGUACUUCACCGGCUGGUCCAACACCUGUUCGGCACAGUGUGGCCCUGGGGUGCAGAGGAGGGAGGUGGUGUGUCUGACUCGAGGAGGGGUCAGGGAGGGUGGAGGAGGAGGGGACUGCGUUGGGGAAAAACCGGCAGAGAUGAAGGCCUGCAACGGGGGUCCCUGUGUGCCGACAACCAUGUGGUACAGCAGCCCCUGGACACAGUGUAACGUCGCCUGUGGGAACGGAACUCAGCGGCGAGACAUCAUUUGUGUCCAGAAGACGGGGAAUGAUUUUACUGUGGCACCCGCCCACGAGUGCGCUCAUCUGGAGAAGCCCGCCGCGGUGCAGGAGUGCCAGAUGGGAAAGUGCGAGCCCCUGUGGUUCACAACGGAGUGGAGCGCGUGCUCACGUUCUUGUGGAAAGGGCUUACAAAUGAGGGAGGCACGGUGUCUGGCACCGGACCGAAAGCACAGCCAUGAAUGUGAUUUGAGCACCAAACCUGAACAGGAGCAAAUCUGCAACACUAUACCCUGCAGUCCACAAGUAGCAGACGAAAACUGCCGGGACAGACGUCACAACUGCGUGGUGGUGGUUCAGGCCAGGAUGUGCGUCUACACCUACUACAAGACCGCCUGCUGCGCCUCGUGUACCCAGAGUGCUCAGCGUGCCAAGCGGCACUAACGCCGCCAGUUCGCGCGCACACACACACACAAACACACACACAGAGAGACAGACGGCCCGGCUGCGAGAGAAGUCGAGGGUCAGGUCAAACGAGCUGGUCGACCCUGAAAUCAGAAGUCUGGUAGAUACGGAAAGGCCGGAGCAGACGUACCGCUUCGCGGCGGCCCGUGAGGUAGCAUUUACGCUUAUUCCUCCUGAUUUUUUUUUCAGGUUUAAACACUGUGAACGCAGCCGGCUCCCUUUUUCAAGUUCUCUGUGUUCGAGUAGUUUGUCUUUUAGAACCACAUAUUCCACUGAGGGAUCAGUUCACUCCUCGCGUUAGCUUCAACGCGUUCGUAACACGUCGCAGGGCCGAGUGAUGCGUUCACCGGCUGAUAGAUUAUUAACGGAAGAGGACGCCGCUGUAUUCAAACAGCAAAUUUAGCCUUUUUUUUUUUAAUAAUAAUAAUUUCUUUAAUCAACAGCAACUUUCAACAAUGCAAACCACUAAUUCUGAAAGCAAAAUGAAAUAAUUGCCCUUUGUGCCAGAUACACAGUGUACGAUAGAGUGCAUGGAAGAGCUACUGAAAAAGUGUUUCUGUACCCUGCAGACGCCCAACUAAGCUAGAAGGAGUUACAACAUAUAUUUGUUCGUCUUUUUUUUUUAUAGUUUGCCAAAAAUGUUCAGUAAAGUGUUUGAAAAAAUGAACCAAAGGAGUGGGGUGAACAUUGCAGUUAGCGACCAAAUAUAUCAGAGCGUGAAAGAAGUGAGAUUCUUCCUAAACGAGGAGGAUAAUUAGACACGGAGAGUAAACAAGCAGCAGCAGACAGUUGCGGACGCGUCUUUUUAACCCGGGCUGUUGGAGCCGUGUUCCAAUCCACAGGUUAGAAGACUCAGAGAUGCAGUCCUGUUUUCACCCAAAUUUACACGAUGCCGCUCACUAAAUAGACAAAGUAAUCAUGUUGUUCUGUACUUUUCUUCCUGUCAACAAAUCCCACGAAAAGACGAAAACCAACCAUCUUUCUGACAGUUCGCCUUAUGAUGCAAAUCUUUAGAAAAAGGCUCAGAAAUAUAUAAUUUAUUUUUUCAAGCGUCAAUCAUUGUCUCGUAUUAGAAAAUAUUACUCAAACGAGAGAAAGUUAAAUUGUCGCGGGCUGGUUUCCUGCUGUGGCUUGACACACGUUGACUCAAAAUAAGCCACAGGGCCCAUAUUUGUCUUAAUGAAGGACUAAACGUAUGGCUCAUUCAUAGGUUUUAAUUUUGGGUUUUUAAUGUCACAAGGAUUUGUGGGAAUAACUGACAGUAACAAAAAUAUGUAAUAAGUCUGAAGUCUAAAAUUGAGCAUUUUUGCUCUUUGGUUGAAGCACCAUGAAUAUUGUGUGAAACAUCUUUAUGUCCAAGAAAUGUAUUUACAAAAGCCCGCACAUCCUGACGGUAGAUUCUGAGGGUCUGACUGAAAAACGGAAAACAAUAGUGCACACUAGAUGAUGCUUCCAUUAACAAUUAAUGACAGCAGUAAUCAAUUAACGGUUCAUGGGAACAUUACCUAGUGUGAACACUCUGUUUCUUAUGACAUUUUUAUGGUCCUUUUCUCACCUCAUCUCGAUAUCUUCUCUCUUGUGCAUCCGCCGUCACCUUCAUGGGAAGAGACGAUGAAUCUGUCCUAUUAGAGCAGGCCAAGCCAUAAUUAGAAAACUCGCGUUGACUGAAAAAGCUGCUUUCAUGUAAUGAUCUUUUAAAAAGUUAUCAAAUGCAAUUAUUCUGCAAGGAAGUACGUAUUUUGCAUCCUAAGGUGGCAACUUCUGUGUGUGUAGGUACUUUUUAUACCUUUUCGGUCUUCCUCUUAUAUCGACUGAUUUUACUUGGCUCUUUUUCUCUGCUUUCACCUCCCAAGAAGACACACACACACACACACACACGCGUCACACCCUGCCCACUCAGUUGUGGAGUCUUUUUGUCAGAUAUGUUUUAAUGUCUAUAUUUCCUUGGAGAAUAGUAAGCGCUUGUGUUUCGUAGAGAAGUGUUGUUGUAGACCGCAUUUAAUCACAUCUAACUGUCAUAUAACUGUUUUCCCUUUGAUAAGAGAAUCAGUCACUUCCUCAUGUUUGUGAGUUUUAGGUCUGUGCGUGCGUGGUCAUUUAUGUGUGUGUAUGGUUGUGUGUUUUGUGAUCCUUGCUUUGAAUGCGUCGUUCUUGUCUAAUCCCUUGUAGUUAAAAAUACUUUUUAUAUAAAAACAAAAGGAUGGUAAUUUAUCUAUUAUCUAAAGAACAUGUAAUUUAUUUUCUUGUUUUAAGAAGCUGUAGCAAUUAUUUUUGUUACCACCAGAGUAUAUAAGAUUGUUAUUGUUGAUACACAGAUGUUUUUUUUCUUGCAGAAACAAAAAAAAAAAGUGUGGAAAGAUUAUUAUUGCAAAGCUUCAUUUUAAAUAAAACAACACAGA